AUGUCCGACCCUCGGAGCUACAACGUGGGCUGGAUCUGCGCCUUGGGCGUGGAAUACGUGGCGGCCCAAGAAUUCCUCGAUGAAGAGCACGACAAACCGAGCUUUGUGUCGCCAAAUGACACAAACGAAUAUGCUCUCGGCAAAAUGGGCGACCACAAGGUCGUCAUCGCUGUUUUGCCCGAUGGCGAAUAUGGCACAGCUUCCGCCGCUACAGUCGCAGCAAAUAUGAUGAACAGCUUUCCCAAUGUGAGAAUAGGCCUUAUGGUUGGGAUUGGUGGCGGUGCGCCGAGUCAUACUCACGAUAUUCGCCUCGGCGAUAUUGUGGUCAGUGCCCCUCGCAAUGGCACAGGAGGGGUGUUCCAAUAUGAUUUUGGCAAGGUGAUUCAGGAACAAACCUUUCAGCACACAGGGUUUUUGAACCAACCUCCAUCCAUCCUACGGGGGGCUGUAGCUGGCGUCCAGGCGCAAUAUGAGAGGAAGGGACAUCAGAUUGAAGAGGCCAUCAAUAUCGUUCUUCACAACAAUCCACGGCUGCGCCAGAAAUACGGACGGCCGGAAUCCAAAAUGGAUACGCUCUUUCGCUCAGACGUGAUCCAUGAGGCCGCGUGUGCUGCCGGAUCUUGUACGCAAGUUGCCUCGAACUUGGUUGCACGACGUGAACGUACAGCGCAUGAGGACAACCCUGCCAUUCACUACGGAUUAGUUGCUUCUGCCAACCAGCUGAUGAAAGACGCAUCCAUACGGGAUAGGCUUACGGCGGAGAAAGAUGUUCUCUGUUUUGAGAUGGAAGCAGGUGGCCUAAUGAACACCUUCCCUUGUCUAGUUAUCAGAGGUAUUUGCGACUAUUCAGAUUCGCAUAAGAAUAAAGGUUGGCAAGGGCACGCGGCGAUGGUGGCAGCGGCAUACGCCAGAGACGUGUUGCAAAGGAUCCAGCUUAGCAGGGUUGAGGCUGAGGAGAGGAUCAGUCAGGUUAUAUCUGACCAUUUCAAAGGCAACAAAGAGCUUCUAGACCGAGCGUACGCUCAUCAAGAAUACCAAUAUAACGAGCAGAAGGAACAAAUGUUGGCAGACAAGCGACAACGUUGUCACCGGAUGUUCAAGACAUCGAAUUACGAAGAGCAAAAGAAUGUCAAUCUGCAGCGAGCCGAAGGGACCUGUAAAUGGGCUUUGCAGAGUUUUGAAUACGUUCGCUGGUGCGAGAGCAAUUGCAAUGACCUUCUAUGGGUGUCCGCCGAUCCAGGCUGCGGAAAGUCUGUCCUUGCCAGGUCUAUCAUUGAUGAAUGGGCGCAAAAUCCCCCGAGUCCAGGACUCACAGUCUGCUACUUUUUCUUCAAGGAGAAUGAUAAACAAAACAACCUGGCUACAGCCCUAUGUUCAGUACUACACCAGCUUUUCAGCCAACAGCCUUGGCUAUUAGAGCUUGCAAUCAAGCCCUGGGAACAGAACGGGGAUAGCCUCCGCCAAGAUGUCAAUGAGCUAUGGGAAAUCUUUUUAAAAGCCACAUCGGGCAAUCACCCAAUGGGCUCCUCUCUCACUGUCCAAGGCACCCGGUCCUCCAAGACGAUAUGCAUCUUCGAUGCGCUCGACGAAUGCCGUGAGAGUGACCAGGACUAUCUGAUUCGCAAAUUUAUAUUAUUUCACAGCAAGCAACACUCGACACAAGAUACGUACUUGAAAUUCCUCGUCACAAGUCGUCCAUACAACUCCAUCGAAAAUCACUUCCGAACUAUUACGGACUCUCUUCCAUAUCUGCACCUGAAAGGAGAGGAAGAAAAUGAUCAGCUCCACGAGGAGAUAAACACAGUGGUGAAGAUACAAGUGGAGAAUCUGGCGGAAACAGCAAGGCUUUCGUCAGAUGUUCGGGAGAAAAUCGAGCAACACCUCCUGCAGUUGAAGCAUCGAACAUACCUUUGGCUACAUUUAGCCAUGGACGAUAUUCGAUCUACAUUUGAGAACAGCCUUCGGCCUGCUGACGAGUUAAUCGAAAUGAUACCCCCUUCGGUGGACGAAGCCUAUGAAAAGAUCCUCCGUCGAGUUCCAUCUAACAAAAUCAGCGAAGUAAGAAAGGUUUUCCAGAUUCUUCUUGGGGCACGGCGCCCUUUGACAAUAACAGAGAUGGCCAUGGCUUUGGGGAUAUCUGCCCGCUCGGACUCGCGAACCGCAGCGGAGGCCGGGAUAGACCCAACUUUGUUAGAGCGCCUGCUGCCAAGUCUAUGUGGCCUCUUUGUCUUUUUCAACAACUCCAAGGUAUAUCUGAUUCACCUGACGGCCAGGGAUUAUCUCCUUAGAGAGACAUACACCAGCCAUCCGCUUUCCACAUUCUCCUGCAGCUUCACAGAUGUUGAGGAUGAAAUGGCGCAGAUCUGUUUGCGAUACUUCGAUAUUGAGGAUUUCGAUAGCUAUGACACCCUCCAAUCUUCCAAUUCUCCACCUUUUGGCAAAUAUUCAGGGGUAUAUUGGAACAGCCAUGUUCGGCAUAUGUCAUCGAUUGCAGCGCAGGAAGUCAGGGAUCUAUUAUAUCGGGUCUAUAGUGCAAAGCGGAAAAAGCUGGCAACACGAUUUGGGCUUUCGAGUCCUUUUUUUUCGAAGGUAAUGCCGCCUUUGGGGCCAGGAUCGAAGCCCGAGCUGGAUUCCAUGCAAAUUGCAGCCAUAAUGGGACACCGGCAAGAGGUUCUCCGGUUACUUUUGGAAGGAGAAAGCAAACUAAAGCUUGCAGAAUACACAACAUACCAUCCAUUGGAGUUAGCAGCAGAGGCUGGGCACUCUGCUGUUGUUUUACUGAUAUUGAACAACGGAGGAGAUGUCAAUGCUUGUAAUGGAUCUGCACUGAUAGCUGCUUGUGUCUCAAACCAUAGCGACAUUGUGCAGAUAUUGCUGAGACACGGAGCUGAUGUCAAUCAAAGGAGUGAAUCUGGCACAGCCUUGGCCCAUGCUUGUGCCCGUGAUUCCAUCCAGAUUGUGCAAACACUGUUGAGCCACGGGGCCGAUCCCAAUAUUUCAGAUAGCUUGGGCAAGAUUCCCCUGCACAGUGCUUGCGGUGGAGGAAAUGAGAAGAUGGCUGUGAUGCUGCUGGAAUAUGGAGCUGAUAUCAAUGCACGAGAUGAACUUGGCUGCAAUGUCCUGGAAGCUACUUGCAUUGGAGGAGCAGCAAACGAGAAGAUCAUCCUCUUACUGCUUGAACAUGGAUUCGAUAUCAAUACGACUGAAACCGCAGAUGGCAGAAGCUUUCUGUACAAUGCUUUUCACAAUCAGGAUGAUAAGCUUAUGCACAUAUUGUUGAAGCAUGGGGCUGGUGUGAAUACCCGAACAAGUGGCAUGACUAUACUGUGCUUUGCUACAUCGAAACGGCGGAGCAAGGUUGUGGAAAUGAUGUUGGACCAUGGGGCUGAUGUUAAUGCGCGCACAGAAGAUUCAAAGAGAUUCCAGCUUCCACGAGAACUUCCGAGCAAGACUGCGCAGAUGCUACUGAACCAUGGGAUUGAUGUUAAUGCGGAUCAUUCAAUUGGCACCAGUGCCCUACACAUCGCUUGUUUGAACCAAGAUAACGACCUUGUCCAAAUAUUACUGAGACAUGGGGCGGAUGUCAAUUCGCAAGAUCAAAUGGGUACCAGUGCCCUCAACAUCGCUUGUACGAACCAAUACAACGAUAUUGUGCAAACGUUGCUGAAACAUGGGGCGGAUGUCAAUGUACUUAAUCAAAUUGGUACCAGUGCCCUGGAUGUCGCUUGUGUGAUCCAAAACCACCAUCUUGUGCAAACACUGCUGAAACAUGGGGCCGAUGUUAAUUCACAAAAUCUCAAAGGAAAAAGUAUUCUCCAGAUCGCUUGCCUAGCAGGCAACGAGGGCAUUGUGCAGACACUGUUAGAGCACGGAGCCAAUGCCAACCUACACGAUCAAGUUGGUACCAGUGCCUUACACAUCGCUUGUGCAAACCAGGAUAACCGCCUUGUGGAGAUAUUGCUGAAACAUCGGGCCGAUGUCAACUCAGAAAGUCUAAAAGGAAAAAGUGUUUUACAGAUCGCUUGCCUAGCAGGCAACGAGAACGUUGUGCAGACACUGCUCGAACACGGCGCCGAUGCCAAUCUAUACGAUCGAACUGAGUUGAGUAACUUGGAGAUUGCUUCACUGGCUCAGAACAACAAGCUUGUACAGAUGUUGUUAAAAUACGGAGCUGAUGUCAAUGCACAAAGUCCAAAUCGUCGAAGUUUCCUGGAAGCGAACUGCGCAGCAGGGAAUGAGGAGAUUGUGCAAAUUCUACUCGAUCUCGGAGCCGAUCGUGAUAUUGAGGGUGGGCGUCAUAGCAGUGCACUGCAGAUUGCUGAAUUGGAAGGUCACAAGAAGAUCGUACAGAUACUGUUGGAGCAUGGGGCUGAACUUCAAGCUAUUCGUAACUUUCUAAGUUAA